UUGCUCACAUCCAACUAUAGCAGCCUGCUGUUCCUUGAAUUCCCGUUAGGUAUAAUAUAAAUAGUGAGAUCUACAUUUACCUCUUUCUCUCUUUCUUUAUACUUAAAAAAGUAUGAAUGAAGCUAUCACUUUCUUUUGCUUAACUCCUGAGCCAGAUGAGCAGGAUGGCUAUGACUACAAGCAGGAUGACUAUUCAUGGAUGGAUGAUAAUGAAUGCCAAGAAAAUACCUUUAAUAUUAUACCACUUACACCAGAAGAAUCUACCAUUGAUGAAGAUAAUCAUAUACAUACUACUUUCCAAUUCUUCUUUAAAGAGUUGGGCUACUUUACAGAAGAACCUGAGCCUAUUGAUCCUACCAUAGACUAUGAAAAGGAAGCCCUGUUGAUGAAUCAAGUAAAAAAUAGAAAAGUCCGACGGCGGCAGCACAUGGAUAUAAAAUCAGCUUGCAACAACAACAAUAAUAAUAAUAACAAUGCUAAUAGCAAUCAUAAUUACUUCUUUCACGAUAAUCAGCUUAUCCUCGCUUAA